AUGGCAACCGAGGACGUGGAAAAAGUCGCUCAUGAUCUUGCUAUCUCUAGGAACAAUUCGCUCGAGAAGCGCACCCGCUCUUCCGAAUCUUUUGUUGUCUCUUCUGUACCUGUGCCCCAUACACUUGCACAAUGGAAUACCAGAAUCGAGAGUUUGGCCGGCCUCGAGGCACGUGGUAUCGCGCGAGUGCCUCCAGAGGAGCGGCAUGAAGGAUCCGUCAUGGGCUAUGCGCAAAUGACAAUCCUCUGGUUCAGCGCAAAUGUCACUGCAAACAAUCUUGCCGUAGGUCUGCUUGGGCCAUUAGUCUUUAACUUGGGUUUCGUCGACAGUGCGAUGAUGGCGACGUUUGGUUCCCUGCUGGGCUCAGCGGCGACAGCCUACAUGAGUAUCUGGGGUGCGCAAAGUGGAAACCGUACGAUGAUCUUGUCAGCUGUCAGUGGAGGUAGUAUGAGUAUUGCUGUUGGAAUCAUCAUCACUGCGCUCGUCAGCUGGCUCGUUGCAGUCUUUGGAAUGGCUGUAUUUCAGACAUAUGAAAGAUGGGCCUGGAUCCCACAAGUAAUCGUCCUUCUUGUAUUGGCCGGUAUCGCUUGUGAACACUUCGACACGUCCUCGCAGUCUACAGGGGGAAGUGCUGCUGUAACAGCCGGUCGUCUAUCGUUUUUCUCUAUCAGCCUCUCGGCUCCAGUAUCCUGGGCUGGUGCGGGGAGCGACUUCUAUGUUUAUUAUCCAGAGACAACCUCCAAACGCUUGGCUUUCUUCAUGACCUUGACUGGCUUGUGGACUUCGAUCACCCUCGUGUAUAUCAUUGGAAUUGGACUAGCUUCCGGUAUCGCUGUGACACCAUCUUGGUCCACUGCCUAUGACAUCUCUUCCGGGGCCCUGAUACUUGAAGGUUACAGCGCCGUGGGAGGAUUUGGAAAAUUCUGUGGCGUGGUCGUUGCUUUGGGUGUCAUAGCAAACAAUGUCCCGAGCACAUAUGCAGCGGCACUCGGCUGCCAAGUCAUGGGUCGCUACGGGAAAAUGGUGCCCCGCUAUCUUUGGGUCUGUGCCAUCGUGCUCGUCUACUUCGUCUGCGCCAUUGCAGGUCGCGACCAUCUAUUCGUCAUUUUCCAGAACUUCCUCGCGCUCAUGGGAUACUGGGUUGUGAUCUUCGUCUCGAUAGUACUGGAGGAGCACUUGAUAUUUCGCCGGAACCGGGGCUUCGAUUGGGCUGCUUGGGAGAACAAGGAAUACCUUCCCAUUGGCGCUGCAGCAUUAACAGCUUUCCUGGUUGGAUGGGCCGGCGCUAUCAUCGGAAUGUCUCAAGUUUGGUAUAUCGGCCCUGUUGCGAAGCUAGUGGGCGGCAUUGGAGCUGAUGUUGGAAUAUGGCUGGGCAUGGGUUUCGCGCUGCUUACUUUUCCGCCCCUUAGGUAUCUGGAGUUGAGAACAUUUGGAAAAUAG